AUGGGCAAAAUUCAACCCAAAAAGCGCAAUAGCGCAUCCGCUGGAUCGCCAUAUACAAAAGGACUGUCCGGCGGGGUUAAAAAGAACCCGAUUUUCAAAUUCAACACCGACAUUGGUCAGCAUAUUUUGAAAAAUCCCGGUAUUGCAGAUGCGAUUGUCGACAAGGCAAACAUCAAGGAACACGAGGUGGUUGCAGAUACGUCUUACCUGUUGUCUGUCUUUGGUCCAGGAACAGGUGUUUUGACUCGACGAAUUCUCCAAAAAGCAAAGUCCUGCGUGGCGAUUGAGCUGGAUGCGCGCAUGGCCGCGGAACUCACAAAGAUGGUUCAAGGAACGCCACAGCAACGAAAGCUGAAGAUUAUCCUUGGUGAUUUCAUCAAAGUGGACCUCCAAGAUAUUGGACAUUUCGAUGUCUUCAUCUCGAAUACGCCGUAUCAGAUUUCGUCUCCUCUUGUUUUCAAGCUUCUUUCCAUGCCACGCCCGCCACGCGUUUCAGUAUUGAUGGUGCAACGCGAAUUCGCACAGCGAUUGAUCGCGAGGCCUGGCGAUAACAUGUAUAGUCGACUGAGUGUUAAUGCACAAUUUCACGCCGUCGGCAAAAACAACUUCUCGCCCCCUCCUCAAGUCGAAUCCAGUGUCGUCCGAAUCGAGCCACGCCCUGACCGACCUGAUAUCUCGUGGGAAGAAUUCGAUGGGAUGCUGCGCAUCUGCUUCAACCGAAAGAACAAAACGCUUCGCUCCAGUUUCUUUGUGAAGCAAGUCCGGGAACUGAUUGAACGAAACUGGGUUACCUGGGCGUCCAUGUUCACGGAACAAGUUAGGAAGGACGACAUUGACUUUUUGCAAGGACAGGGACAGUUGGAUGGUGCUGAUCUAUCCAUGGAGGUCGACGAUGAAAACAACGGCAAUGACAACGACAACGACGCCACGCCUCUCGAUGAAGACGAGAUUAUGCAAGACCUCAUUUUUGGUACCGAAUCAAAGCAGCAGAAAAAGGACGCGCCAAAACUGACCGGCAAGAUGGUUUCCAUCAAUGGCAUCCAAGUCGACAGAGCCCGACUGGCGCAGCUGAUCCAAGUCAAAAUCCAGCGUGCUCUGGAUAAGUGCGAACUGUCGAAUCAACGAAGUCAGAAAUGUGACGAAACGUCGUUUUUGCAAUUGUUGUAUGCAUUCAACCAGGAGGGCAUUCGCUUUUCUUAG